AUGCCUUCCCCCACCGACUCCGACGACGAAGCCCUCUUCGCCUCCCUCGCCAACGAAGAAGACCCCAGCUACCGCGACACACGCAUCCAACAACUCCACGCCGAAUUCGCAUCCUCCAAAACCAACCGCUCCACAGAUCCUUCCAACUCCAUCACAUUCACUCACCAAAACGAAAACUACCGCACCCUCUCAACAGACCAGUCCGUCCUCGACCACACCACCUCCACCUCCCGCAGCCUCAUUCACUUCUCGCACCCGGAUUUCGCCCGCUGCGCCGUGAUGGACCAGGCCCUGACGCAGCUGGCCGCUGCGCACCAUGAAGUGCGCUUCGCGCGCGUGGACGUGCGCGAUACGCCGUUCUUGGUGGAAAAGCUGGGGAUUCGGGUGUUACCGUGUGUGAUUGGGUUCAAGGAUGGGGUGGGGGUGGAACGGGUGGUGGGGUUUGAAGGGUUGGGGGAGAGGGGGUUUGAUGCGAGUGGGAAUAGUUUCAAGAUUGGGGUGUUGGAGCGCAGGAUGGUGGCGAAGGGGGUGUUUGAUGGGGUGAGGGUUGGGGAGGGUGAGGGAGGGGGAGAGAGAGGGAUGAGUGAUGGGGAGGAGGACUGGAGUGAGGAUGAGGAUGGGGAUCGGGAGAGGAGGAGGCGGAAUGGAUUGAUGGGGAGAGCGCAGGGGAAACGGAGGGGGAUUCGAGGUGGGAAAGUGAAUCGGAGAGAUGAGGACGAAGACGAUGAUGAUUGGGAUUAA